CUCAUGCUUUGCUUGCUGCGGUCAUCACCACAGAAUCACUCCGCCAUUAUUAUACCUCACCCUUUUUUCUCACUGUGCUGCUGCUGCUGCUCUCCUCACAUGGGGAUGAGGUACGUGAAGAUUUCGUAGAGAGUUGGAACUUAGGGCUUCGAAUCGAUCGGAGAUUCGUGAAUCGGUAUCGGAGUGUUGUUGCUCUGCCAUCGGAAAUGCAGCACACGAAGUCGGAAUCCGAUAUCACGAGCCUGGCGCCGUCGUCGCCGUCGCGGUCGCCGAAGCGGCCGGUGUACUACGUGCAGAGUCCGUCGAGAGAUUCUCACGACGGAGACAAGUCGUCGUCAAUCCAUGCAACUCCGAAUUUCAACAGCCCCACGGAGUCCCCCUCGCACCCUUCCUUCGGUCGCCACUCGAGAAACUCGUCCGCCAGCCGAUUCUCGGGGAUUUUCCGGUCGUCGUCGGGGCGGAAGGGCGGUAGGAAGAGGAACGACAAAGGAUGGCCGGAGUGCAACGUGAUUGUGGAGGAAGGUAAUUACGACGAAUUCGACGACGACAAGGCAUUCACGCGGCGGUGCCAGGCGUUGAUGGCGCUCUGUGGAUUCAUUGUACUGUUCACCGUCUUUUGCUUGAUCAUUUGGGGCGCCGGAAGGCCGUACAAGGCACAAGUUGCUGUUAAGAGCUUGACAGUGAAUAAUCUGUACAUAGGAUCGGGGGCAGACUUCACGGGGGUUCCAACGAGGAUGCUGAAUCUAAACGGUACAUUGAGAAUCAGCGUGUACAAUCCAGCUACAUUCUACGGCAUUCAUGUUAGUGCGACGCCCAUCAAUCUUGUGUAUUCAGAUGUCGUCGUUGCAUCCGGCCAGCUGAAAAAGUAUUAUCAACAUCGUAAAAGUCGCAGGACUGUGGUGGUGCAUGUGGAAGGAACCAGAGUGCCUCUGUAUGGGGCGGGGUCGAAUCUUGUGGUGGCUGAUGGCGUUGGGGUGAAGGUUCCUUUGACAUUGGAAUUCGAAAUAAAAUCGAGGGGAGAUGUCGUAGGGAAGCUGGUGAGGACCAAGCAUCGGAAAAGGGUUUCUUGCUCGUUGGUCAUCGAUUCGACGAGCAACAAGCCUAUCAAGUUCAAGAAGGAUUCUUGCACUUACAGCUGAAUUGAGGCUCUAGGGAGCAUUAUGUAUGAGGUUCAGGAAUCUUACUGUUUCUCUCUCUCUCUCUCUCUCUCAUGUUUUGGUUUUUGGCAGGAAAUGGUAAUAAAACUGGUGCAAGUUGUAAAGAGUGUUGAGAUUUGGCAGGAUGACACUUGUGUUCCUUUGCUAAGUUAUCCUCCUGCCUACAUAUUAUUGUGUUUUUACUCCGGUUUCGUUUUUACCAUUUAACUACUGUAAUAAACAUUUUAUUUAUUUGGAAGAUGAAUGGUAUAGACUCGAUUGAUGUAUAGAA